GCCCUGUCCACGGCUCCGCCCCGCCCCCGGGCUAUGUAAAGCCUGCCCGCGUGUGAUCGCGCCACCGCGAGACGCCUGUGUCCCUCGCGCAGGCGGGCGGCCCCGGAGAGCUAGUGCCCCCCCAAAGGCGGCGACCGCGGCGCCCCACUCAUCAUGAACAGAGGCUUCUCCCGAAAGAGCCACACAUUCCUGCCCAAGAUCUUCUUCCGCAAAAUGUCUUCCUCAGGGCCCAAGGACAAGCCUGAGCUGCAGUUUCCCUUUCUUCAGGAUGAAAAUACAGUGGCCACGCUACACAAGUGCAAGACCCUCUUCAUCCUGCGUGGCCUGCCUGGCAGUGGCAAGUCUACACUGGCUCGGGUCAUCGUGGAUAAGUACCGAGAUGGCACCAAGAUGGUGUCUGCUGAUGCUUACAAGAUCAUUCCCGGCCCUCGAGGACCCUUCUCUGAGGAGUACAAGCGGCUCGACAAUGAGCUGGCUGCCUACUGCCGCCGGGACAUCAGAAUUCUCGUGCUUGAUGACACCAACCAUGAGCGGGAGCGGCUGGAGCAGCUCUUUGAAAUGGCUGACCAGUACCAGUACCAGGUGGUGUUGGUGGAGCCCAAGACAGCAUGGAGGCUGGACUGUGCCCAGCUCAAGGAGAAGAACCAGUGGCAGCUGUCCGCUGAUGACCUGAAGAAGCUGAAGCCUGGGCUGGAAAAGGACUUCCUGCCACUCUACUUUGGCUGGUUCCUGACCAAGAAGUGCUCUGAGACCCUCCACAAAGCUGGCCAGCUCUUUCUGGAGGAGCUAGGGAACCACAAGGCCUUCAAGAAGGAGCUGCGACACUUUAUCUCUGGGGAUGAGCCCGGAGAGAAGAUUGAACUGGUCAGCUACUUUGGAAAGAGACCCCCAGGUGUGCUGCACUGCACAACCAAGUUCUGUGACUACGGGAAAGAAGUUGGGGCAGAUGAGUAUGCCCAGCAGGAUGUGGUGAAGAAAUCUUACAGCAAGGCCUUCACGCUGACCAUCUCUGCCCUCUUUGUGACACCCAAGACGACAGGAGCCCGGGUAGAGUUGAAUGAGGAGGAGAUGCUGUUGUGGCCAAAUGAUGUGGACAAGCUGUCGUCUGACAGCCUGCCCCGGGGGAGUCGAGCUCACAUCACCUUGGGCUGUGCAGGUGACGUGGAGGCUAAGCAGACAGGCUUUGACCUCUUAGAGAUUGUGCGGCAGGAGAAGGGGGGCAGCCGAGGUGAGGAAGUGGGUGCGCUCUCUCAGGGCAAGCUCUACUCUUUGGGCAAUGGGCGCUGGAUGCUGAGCCUGGCCAAGAAGAUGGAUGUCAAGGCCAUCUUCACGGGAUACUACGGGAAGGGCAAACCUGUGUCUACGCAUGGCAGCCGGAAGGGAGGUGCCUGCACCAUCAUCUGAGGCUUCUCACCACUGUACGCAGAGGGCAGUAUGCCUUCCCACUCGAUUCUUACGAUUCUUUUUUUCUUUUUUUACUCAUAGUUAACCUAUCUAUAACUUUAAAAAAACAAAAAUUUGUGAAAUAACUGCCUCUCCCUUCCUGCCCACCCUUUUCCCCUUUAAUACUCAAGCUUUCAACACAAGACCGGUGGCUAGACACCAUUCAGGAACCUGAUCAGAGCUGAUAAGGAUAUGCAGCUGGGCCUAGAGCUGUAUCUGUCCCACCUCCAGGAACUUAUCAACCCACCCUAAGGGUAGGCCAGCUGACCAGCCAGAGCUGGGCUACCGGGAAACACCUCAGCGCUGAACUGGAGGCAAGAAGCAAUAGAGCUGGGGUGGGGGGACCACUGCCAUAGAAAACCACUGGUGGCUUUGGGAGGGGGAGGAUUCCUGGGCUGUGAUCCCAUUUCUUAAUCACUGUAGCCCCUAGAAGACUGGCGCUAUUUACCAGGGUAGAAAAAGGGGUUUACCUCCCAUCUUUGGUCCUAAGUCCCUAUGGGGACAUUUUAACUAAGGAAGAAAGCAGAAUGAUAAACAGCAGCCAUAUUCUAGGCUGCCUAUUGGUCUCACCCCAGAAGGGGAUGAGCUGGCCAUUCUUCCCUGUGGUAUGGCUCUGCUAUGUGGUUGGGGAGAUUGAGGCCAGAGAUGUACACCUGAAAAGCUCCAGCCUUGCUGCCUGCACAGCCCAUCUCACCUCCAUGGGGCCUCUGGAAGCCUCUGGGCCUCCUCUCAAGGAGGCUGACAGUUAUCAAGAGCCCAUGGAGUGACUGGUAGCUGGAAAGGGCAAGUCCCACCUGCUACUCUGGGAAAGUUCGAACACUGCUUCAUGUGCGAUGGUUCCUGGGGUGCUUUACGCUGCCCUCCGCUCAGUAACAGGACCUUAUUAAUUGGGCUGUCACUUAACAAGUGUUUGGGAUUUAAGUUCCUAUCCUGGUUUUGCUCAAAUUCAGCAACUUGUAAGACUGAUAAUGAAAUAAAUCAUGUUAAUCCUAGCUGUGUGCAAUCUCUCUCACCCUUCUGUGCCCAGCUCAGUCUUCCCUGGGGCUAGGGUUGGGUAUAUUAGGACUGGCUUUGUCCCACAGCUUGGGGCCAUCGGUCCUGUCUCCCCUCUGCUGGCUGGGCACAGCUGUGGUGAGGUUGGGCAGUUGAACAGUGUUGGCUUUCAUGAGGAGGCAAAAAGAGGCUGGCUUCAGAGUCAUACAGAAGGUGGGGGUUGGUUGGAAGCAAGGGACAUAGAGCAUCUGCCAUUAACUAGGGCAACAGGCUUGUAGGGGUCCC